AUGUCUGAGAGAUAUACACAAAUUGCUGCCGACCCACGCUGCCUCAGUGUGCCUGAGCUCCAGAACCAUCCUGAAGAGGAAUGUGAGGUGAUCAGGAGAAUAGAGGUGGACACAGAAAUGCUCCAAUCUUACCAGCCUAAAAGGAGUGAAAAGAAGUUUUACUCACACUCAAUGGUAGCACUGAAGGGGUCCCAUCAAUCAAGAAGGGGGCACUCCUAUUUGCAAGAAGAGACAGUAGAUAGGAGGGCCAUUGAGAGCCACCACAAAGCACAGCAAAACACACAAGUGGACCAGGCUCCUGUAGUUCGAAGAAGGGUUAUAGAUGUAAGGCAAGAAACAUUACUCCAGUCACAAAUAAAGAUGCUUCGGCUGGAGUUGCAAAAAAAAGAUGCUGAGAUUGCCAGACUUCCGGUGUUGGGUGACACUUCGACUCGGAGACUAAAGGAGUAUCGAGAGAGAGUGCUUCACCUAAUAAGAGACUUGCAGCAAGCUCAUGACAGAGAAAGGACCCUGAACCAGCAAGUGACCUCUCUUCAAACAUCAUUUAAUAAAACACAAGACGAGGCUAAACAGCUGCAGGAUGAGAGCAUCACAAAUGAAAGGAACAGGAGCCUCUUGACUGAGAAGGUGGCGAGUCUUGAAACAAGACUGGAUGAAAAAGAAAAUGAAAAUGAAAAUUUGGUGGCAGAAAUUGACGAUUUGAAGGAAAGGAAUUGGAGUCAAGAAAAGCAUUAUCGUGAGAAAGUGUUUCACCACACAAUAGCCUUGGAACAAGCUCAGGACAACGAAAGGACCCUGAACCAGCAAGUGACCUCUCUCCAAACAUCAUUUAAUAAAACCCAAGACGAGGCUAAACAGCUGCAGGAUGAGAGCAUCACAAAUGAAAGGAACAGGAGCCUCUUGACUGAGAAGGUGGCGAGUCUUGAAACAAGACUGGAUGAAAAAGAAAAUGAAAAUGAAAAUUUGGUGGCAGAAAUUGACGAUUUAAAGGAAAGGAAUUGGAGUCAAGAAAAGCAUUAUCAAGAGAAAGUGCUUCACCUCACAACAGCCUUGGAACAAGCUCAGGACAACGAAAGGACCCUGAACCAGCAAGUGACCUCUCUCCAAACAUCAUUUAAUAAAACACAAGACGAGGCUAAACAGCUGCAGGAUGAGAGCAUCACAAAUGAAAGGAACAGGAGCCUCUUGACUGAGAAGGUGGCGAGUCUUGAAACAAGACUGGAUGAAAAAGAAAAUGAAAAUGAAAAUUUGGUGGCAGAAAUUGACGAUUUGAAGGAAAGGAAUUGGAGUCAAGAAAAGCAUUGUCAAGAGAAAGUGUUUCACCUCACAACAGCCUUGGAACAAGCUCAGGACAACGAAAGGACCCUGAACCAGCAAGUGACCUCUCUCCAAACAUCAUUUAAUAAAACACAAGACGAGGCUAAACAGCUGCAGGAUGAGAGCAUCACAAAUGAAAGGAACAGGAGCCUCUUGACUGAGAAGGUGGCGAGUCUUGAAACAAGACUGGAUGAAAAAGAAAAUGAAAAUGAAAAUUUGGUGGCAGAAAUUGACGAUUUGAAGGAAAGGAAUUGGAGUCAAAAAAAGCAUUAUCAAGAGAAAGUGUUUCACCUCACAACAGCCUUGGAACAAGCUCAGGACAAAGAAAGGGCCCUGAACCAGCAUUCAGAGGAAACAAUCAGCAAGCUCAGAGAAGAGCUCAAGGCAGCCUUAAAAGAUCUUCAGGAACAUCAGGAGUUGCUAAAUGAUCGUGAUGAGCAACUUGCAGAUAAGCUGGAUGAACAAAAAUCUCUGGCAGAGGGGCGUGCAGAAAGAAUUGAAAACAUGAAGUCGAAAAUCCAUAAUCUUCAGACUGAAUUGUUUGGAUCUGAUCUAGAACUUGGUGAAAAGAAUAGAACGAUAAGAAAGCUGAAGAGGGAAAUUGCCAAUCUGCAAGAAAUCACAGAAGAUCUGCACACCCACUACACACAUUCAGAGGAAACAAUCAGCAAGCUCAGAGAAGAGCUCAAGGCAAAGCAGGAGGAAGAGAUACUAGCGUCAAGUGAAAGACAUCUUAACUCCACUGGGGUACAGACAGACGAGAUAUCACCUGACCUCGAGAUAUCACCUGAACCUCAGCAGCUGGAAACUCCUGCUGCUGAGGCUCAGAGUGAAAGCCUGUGGAAGCGCUCUUGCAGAGGUGCACUGAGAGUAGGCAAGUUCAUUGGUGUGUCCUCUGCAUGUGCACUUGUUGCAGUGGGUAUGCUGUCCAGUGGAUUGAUUGCUCAUUGUGAUUCAAACAAUCCAUACGGCCCAUGUGAUCCUUUCUCCCACCUGUUGGAAUUAUUGACUAUUGACAACACAGAACACCUCUUUUAA